CAGAGGCCGCCGCGCCCCCCCCGCCGCCGGACCGGCCCGUCCCGGCCCCGCCAUGGCCGCCCCCCCCCGCCUCGGCAUCCAGAUGCUGCUGGAGGCCGCCGAGUUCCUGGAGCGGCGGGAGCGAGAGGCCGAGCACGGUUACGCCUCGCUGAGGCCCGGCGGCAAGGACGGGGAGGCCUCGCGGCGCCGCGCCAAGGCCCGCAGGAGCAGCAGCGGCGGCAGGUCGACACACAAUGAGAUGGAAAAGAACAGGCGUGCCCAGCUCCGGCUGUGCCUGGAGAGGCUCAAGGGGCUGGUGCCCCUGGGGGCGGCGGCCGGGCGGCACACGACCCUCAGCCUCCUCACCAGGGCCAGGCUCCACAUCCAGAAGCUGGAGGACCUGGAGCGCCGAGCCCUGCACCAGAUCGAGCAGCUGCAGCGGGAGCAGCGGCACCUCCAGCGGCAGCUGGAAAAGCUGGGAAUGGAGCGGGUCAGGAUAGACAGCAUCGGCUCCAGCCUGUCCUCCGAGCGCUCCGACUCGGACCGAGGUGAGACCCCACUCCGGGGGACGGCCGGCGGGAGGUCCGGCCCUGCUGGGACUCCAACCGUUCCCAUUCCUCCGGCAGAAGAGAUGGAUGUGGAUGUGGAGAGCACGGACGACCUCCCGGCCGACCUGGACUGGAGCAGCAGCAGCCCCAGCGACUCGGACGAGCGCGGGAGCCUCCAGAGCCUGGGCAGCGAUGAGGGGUAUUCCAGCUCCGGCGGGACCAGGGCGAAGCCGGCGAGCGGCCGGAAGCUUCCCCUCGGGAUGUAGGAAGCGCUUCCCGCGGCCGUUCCAGCGGCGCCGUUCCCAUGGGAUCCCGUUGGCCAGCACACCGACCCCCCCCCACGUCCCCUGCACAUCCCGCCGAUCCCGCUGCUCCCGGGGCUCCGCUCGCACCCGCCGGCUCCUCGGCCCGGCCAGGAUCUCCUCAUCCAGGCCCUACAUUCCAGCCACGCUUGGAAGCGCCUGGGAAUAUCGUGGCAGUAACAGUGACCUCCAGAGCCUUCGCUGGGUUCUGUCCCAGGCUGUCACCGCCCGGUAUUCCCAAUCUUCUCCACAUUUGGCCGGCGACAUCGUGUUCCUGACGCUCAGGACCCAAAAGCUGAGUUUUUGGGAGCAGAUCCGAAGGCAGAACCGGCCUCUUGUGGAAUUUCCACCUGGGAGAGAGCAGAGCCAAGCUGAGAACCCGCCCACGGAGCAUUUUGGGUGGGCACAGGGAUCGACCUCAGUCGGGGGGUUCCUCCCCCCCCGACUCUAAAUAUUCAGGGACACCUCAUCCCGGCCCUGCCGAGGUCCCGGAGCAUUCCCGGCGUGGGGAAUGGCAGCCCCCCCUCGGAACAGCCACCUCCAGGCUGGGAAGUUUCUGCCCUCCAUAAACCCAAACGGGGCGUCCCACCUCCCGUGGCAUGGCAUUCCAGACUCCUGGAAUUCCUCUCCACGCUUCCAGUCUCGGGGACAGUAUUUUCUACCUCGGAGGGAGCCCCCGGCCUCUCUCCACCCCUUCAGCACAAAGAUGAUGCCUCCGCUCAGCAAUAACCCCGUGGGACCCCCCGGAUCGGCCCUGGAGCUCUUCUCCAUCCAUCCGGGAUCUUCCCAGGCUCAUGGAGGGUUCCAGAAGCCCCCGAGGGCACGGGGGUCCCGAGCCGGAGCGCACUGAGCUGUCCGUGGUGUUCAUUCAGUUCCCGGUGCACUGGAGGGAACAUUCCCACCACUUCCUGCUUUUAGAGCUGCUCUGGGAAUGUUGGCACUUGGAACUCUGCUUUCCACACCUUCCUUUUCCCUUCGACCACUCCAGGGGUUUUCCAGCCCCUCGGGACCCUCUCGCUCCAGCCCCGUGGGGUCAGUGAGUCCUCAGUGUCCGGCAGAGAGCUCUCCAAGGGCUUUUCCCAGUGCUGGGAUGAAAAACAGGCUCUGAGGGCCCCUUUUCUUCAGGAAUUGCAGGUGCUGAGAGGCACCAAGAUGCUCCACGGAGUGCAAGGGGAUGAGGGGGAAACUCCAGUUCUUUUCCUUUUUCCUGUCCCAUUUUCCUUCCUAUUUCCCAUCUUUCCUUUCCUUUCCUUUCCUU